AUGUCCGGAACCACUGAUCGGAAGAGGAAUCAGAAGGGGUUUCUCAAGGAAAAAGUAUUGCAAGUAUAUGACAAACUUUUCCAAGUAUGUUGUUUUCUGAAUACCUACGUUCUUCCCAAGGGCCAGGACAUAACACAGGGAAGAGCCGAGUUUUGGGAUGAUUUUUUCCUGUUGAAAGCUAACUUGAAGUACUUAAAUUCGCACUUCGAAAAGAUCAACCCAGAAGACCUCACUCUUUUAAAGCCUAUCCUCAAUCGAUUGUUCCUUCAAUGCCUGCACACAGCUGAACAUGAUAAACACCGCAUUCGUGUGGCAAAUGCAGUCCAGACUAUGGACGCACUCGUCGCCGGAAUAUAUCGUUGUAAAGUUCCACCAGAUUGGUCAGAAAAUGCUAGUGAAUUCCUAUUGAGCUCGGAUCAAGUGAAGGAUUUCAUGCAGCGGUACACCCUGUUGUGUUAUGACACCUUCCGUGAGGAUCGUCCUGAACGACUACGGACGCUGAUGCUCAAUUCGAUGCGCACAUUUGUAACCGCCAGUUCCAAUUUCCACGCCAAUCCGUUCGCCUCUGGUUUGUUGAACCCGCACAUUUUUGAUGUGCUGCGGCUCACUUUGGUCAAUGCACAGCUGCGAUACCAUCAUGGUAUGACUGCCUGCAAACUAUUGGGCUUGUUGACUCAGCUGGAAAAUACAGAGGUAGGCGAUCCACGCGUACAGCAGUUUUGCCUGACGGAUGACGAACUUCUUUUGAACGGUGUCUCUUCUACCAUAUCUCUUGCCCUCUCCGAGUACAACGUUCGUUUUCGACAACAACAUGACCCUUCAGUGGGAUUUUUAUCCUCGGUGUCGUCCUUCUUUGGAACAAUGUUUGCCGGAAAUAUGGCGUCCAAUGUCAGCCUGCGACCCUGUGAUUCCUUGUUGAUGUGCAUGUAUGCAAUAACGAAGAACGGUGCCCACUUCUCGACUAUCCUGUCCUAUUCGAAUGCCAAUUACUGUUCACCAAACGGUUUUGAUAGCUUGUCCGUCGCGGGUUCUCUCACAGAUGAUAAGCUUCGGUCACUUGUCCCAACUAAUGGCAAGACCACUUGGGAUCGGUCGCGCAAAAUGGACGUAGGAAACGAUUCUGACACCAACACAACUCAGUCGCUGGACGGGAGUACCGAUGACCCUGUAAAUCCCACUGCACAUACUCCUUCUAACCAAUUUCCUCAGUCGUCCAGCAACGCGAAAACUUCAGAUCACAUCGCCGCAAACGACCCUGUAGUUCUUCCAACUCCCCCUGGGCCGCUUGUGUCGGAUAUGGCUAUGAUCCCAGAUCCGUCGUUGGAUGAAUCCACAUUGAACACAACACUUGAACCGCGCAACUUACUCGCUGAUUUACUGGAAUACUCCCCAGAAGCUCUCAACAGCUGCCACCUGUGCUUGCUGAUUGUGCUGUGUAUCACUGAGAACCAAGUGGCUUGCUCGAUCCUACAUGAUCCACACAUCACUUUCAAGGUUUGGAUCCACAAACAUCAUUCUCGCUAUCGAAAAUCAGGUUCCAAUUCGUGCGGAAAUUUCUCAAGUCGUCCCAUCGCUGUUGCCAUACUGAGUUUGGUUGUUGAAUUCAUGCGAGGGCACCUUAUGAAGAAGUUGCCCUAUCGCCUUUAUAGUUUGGCGUGUUCAAUCUGUCACAAUCUGCUUUGCUACCAAACGAAGCACAGAAUAAGACUGGACUUUGACUGGAAACAAUUAUGGGAGGCUCUACUCAGUCUACUUCAGUUUGUGCUCAAUCUGGACAAAAACUCUGCACCGUCGAACGUAAGCCUAAGUUUGAUGCAACAGAUCCUAGACGUCUUCAACUUCUGUAUUCUCCACGGCGAUAAUUUUCUUCAAGCCGCAGAUGUUUACGAUGAUUUGUACUACGAACUUAUUCGUAUGCGUGGACUAUUCGACAAUGUCUACGAACAUGGUUUGCUUCACUCGAGUAGCUCAACUGGGGAUUUGAAACAGGCAGCAAGCAAUUUGGUUCUGCAGAUGGGAAACAUCCGUUCGAUUGUCAAUCAUUUCACUGCAAAGAUUGCCGCCUUUUCGACAGCCAGUGGCUCGACCUCGUUAACGGAAACGCAGGUAUUGGCUCUGGUGCGUGAAAACUACGACUCGUUAACAUUAAGAGUCUACGAAGAUUUGGACGUACCAGAUGUGUACAACGACCAGGUGGAUGCUCCUUUGUUCGAAAUCCUGGUCGAUACUGUGCUCAAACAAACAAGGAAAGAUUGUUUGGAUACAAGUUUGGAACUUCAGGACUACUUCCAUGAACUAUCUGUGAUCUAUUAGGUUGUUUAUACAUGAGUUUACUGCCGUACUCAUACUAUUUUCUACCCCGUUUACCCGUUUCCCUCUUCACACUGUUGGUAACCCAAACACGUAACAACAGUUAUUGUUGGAUCAUUUCAAUUUAGUAUUCCAUAUGCUGACUGUGAUAUCUAUGAACCACGAC